GGUAAUGUGGCGCCCCUUUACCAUGCGCCUUAUCCACUGGUGGCUGUGGUCGUUUCAAAACCAUGUUUCACACAAAAAAAUGAAGCAGCUAACAGUUUGAUCUCCAAGCAAUCUCCUUACAAUGGCUUCCUUAACUCUCUCUCCUGCAACCACUUCCCAGCUAUGUUCCAGCAAGAGUGCAAUGUUCUCAUCAGCAAAUGGCUUUGCUGUGAACAGCAAGAGAACACAGAUGAUGGGAAGGGGAAAGGGAAAGGGAAUGAGAGUCACUUGCCAGGCAGGCAGUAUUGCUGCUGAUAGAGUGCCAGACAUGGAGAAGAGGAAGCUUAUGAAUCUGCUUCUUCUAGGUGCUAUCUCACUUCCCACUGGCUUCAUGUUGGUUCCCUAUGCCACUUUCUUUGCUCCACCUGGCUCCGGUGCCGGCGCUGGUGGUCAAGUUGCCAAGGAUGCUCUUGGAAACGACGUGCUUGCAGCUGAAUGGCUUAAGACUCAUGGACCAGGUGACAGGACCCUCACACAAGGAUUGAAGGGUGAUCCUACAUACCUUGUUGUGGAGAAAGAUAAAACUCUUGCCACAUAUGCAAUCAAUGCCGUCUGCACUCACCUUGGCUGUGUCGUGCCAUUUAACAAGGCGGAGAACAAGUUCGUAUGCCCCUGCCAUGGAUCCCAGUACAAUGACCAAGGAAGAGUUGUCAGAGGACCUGCUCCUUUGUCUCUGGCGUUGGCUCAUUGUGAUAUUGAUGAUGGGAAGGUCGUGUUUGUUCCAUGGGUUGAAACCGAUUUCAGAACCGGCGAAGAUCCAUGGUGGGCUUAAAAUCAUAAAGCAACUCCUAUGAAAAUACGUAAUUUGAAAUGUUUCGCUAUAUCUUUGCUUCGUUCAUAAACAACUUGUAUCAUAAGAUUCAUGUUGGUUUAAUUUGAAGCUCAUAUGUAUAGGUGUGUGUGUGUGUGUGUGUAUCUGUGCAAGGAGGACCUAAUUAUUUGCCAUCUUCUGAUCUUCUCUUUAUGUAUAAUACUGGCUUUUGCAAAGCCUAUUGGAUUGUACUGUCCUGUAGUUGAAGGGUUCCUCUGCGGUGUUCCAUUGGGAA